CAUCGUCCACCGCGUGUGCAUGAAGGAGAUGCCGGCCGAGGAUCUGCUGAACGGUCUCCGCCAUGGAGUCUGGGAAGACGAGUGGUCACUGAGGACGACGGUUGGUGGCCGAUUGACUAUUGAAGUCGCGGAUAACUUUUCGAACUAUGGGCGCUUGAUGGCUGCGGUUUCCGCCGAAAACAUUCCGAAUAUCAUCGCGAUUCUCCCUCCCGUUAGAGAGCUGGAAUACUUCGAAUAUUCCAAUCUGAAUAGCUUUUUGGAGAUUGAAACGGGCGUUUUCCAUAUUGAAAUGGAUGUGGUUGGAGUGCGUGAGGAUAUGGAGCUGGUUUUCGCGGUGGUCCAGGCCGGUGAAUACGAUGGCUAUUUUCGGUUCAGGUUCAAUUUCCACUAAGGAAAGGAGUGAGAAGGAAUGUCCUCUUCGUACAUCCGCAGUCGGGUAGCUGUUCGCUUGUUUGCUGUUUGCCGAUGUUUUUUCUUCAUGUAGCAGAUCUUCAAUCUGGUAGAUUCUUUAACUGCUUAAUUUGGUCGUGUGUUUGCUUCUUCCUUUUGCCCCGCAGCUACGGUGGCCUUUGAUGUGUUAUAGAGAGAGAUACUAAUUUAAAAAACAGAAUACGG